AUGUCCGAGAGUCCUGGACCUCGACGGCGGCGCCAGACCGCCCCAAAAAGCUCCCGUCCAUGUGACGCGUGCCGCCGGCGGAAAACCCGAUGUAUUGUCGAUACUGGCCAGCAAACGUGCAACGUCUGCAUUCAGAAAAAAAAUGACUGCACUUUCUUAGAACAUCCUCCCAAGCGUUCAGUUCCUGCACCUGUGCAGCCUAGCGAUGAAGAAGUCCGGAUCCCGUCAGUGCCGUCGCCAAGUCAAGUCCUCAGUCCUCGUUACAACGCGAGCCCUACGGUCAACUUGGGCGCUAUCACGGUCUCUGAUGGAUUGGAGACGCAGAAUCACACAGCGGAACCUUUGGAGCAAACAGAAGACUUUGAAAGAUCGCUUGGGCUGAACUCCACCAAAUUCGCCGAGUUGUAUGGGCUUGGCAGUGACAUGGAACCCAUUCUUAUGAGGCAUCGCCCAUACUCUGCCGUCUACAACGAAUACACAUUGCCGACACACUCCAUACGACGGGUCCUGGGACAUGACCAAAACGUUGACUAUCCUGUCACGUUCCACAUGGCAAGUAUGAUGGAAUAUUAUUUGAUCUUGUCUGCUCUCUUUGAGGGCCAUCACCACGCUGUAGACUCAAUCGAGGCCUGCGUCAAACCUCAUGGGGAAAAGUUACUCCGGCUCUUUUGGAAGCUCAUUCAUCCCUCAUAUCCCAUCAUCCACAAGGACGGAUUCAUCGACAGGUACAAACUAUCCUACCGCCACAUUGAUGCGCCACUUUUGGGUGCAGUGUAUCUGAAUGCGAUCAACUGGUGGUUCUAUGAUUCAAACCUGUCAAACCAGCCAGCUAUUGAUGUUACCACCCUGCGAAGGCUCACACUACAACAUAUCCAGGAUUCCUACCACCGACCUCGCCUCACAUCGAUUGAAGCGACUUUAUUGCUACUACAGUGCAAGCCGGAAGAUCCUCUCAAUCCGGACCAUACCUUUGCCUGGGGCCUGACUUCACAGGCUUUAUCGGUAGGACAAGCUUGUGGGCUACAUCUCGAUGCAUCGGCGUGGGCAAUUCCCAGUUGGGAAAGAACUUUGCGAAAACGAGUAAGUUGGGCUAUCUACAUGCAAGAUGUUUGGACUGCCCUUGCGCAUGGCAGGCCUAGCCAUAUAAGCGAAGAUGACUGGGGCGUCCUCCCUCUCAACGAAGUAGACUUCGAGAGUACGGAAAAUGUGAGCUUCUUGUACUUACAAUCGCUCACUACGAUACUGCAUACUGUCCUCAAGACCUUUUACACUGUCAAAUCUACAACCCAGCAGGACACGUUGAAGUUGAAAGAACAGGCGCAACCGAUCCUCAGCUCUCUCGAUCAGUGGCACUCUGCAUUACCUCCGUCACUUGCAAUAUCCAACAUCCCGGCGAGAGAACUAUGCGCAAACGGCAACAUUCACCUCGCUUAUUAUGGUGUGAAGAUCAACGUUCUCAGGAGGCUAGUACGCUCGACUGCACUUGCGCCGCUCUGCCUUGACAUGGCAGCCCUGACGGCGAUUCGAGUGCAGGCUCACGAGACGGCUCAGCAGGCUACUUCACUCGUAGCGUCUUUACGACUAGAGCAUCUGGACGGCUUUUGGUACUUCGCAACACCAUAUUUGUUCUCAGUCAUCGGAUCCUUCCUCACAUUACUACUAGUCACGAGUCUUACGCCAGCAGAACGUGACCAUUGGCGCGAGUCCUUGAGAGCCUACCUUUGGACGUUGCGUCUCAUGAGCAAAACAAACGAGCCGAUACGAUACGCAGUCAAUCGCUUGGAAGGGGCAAUUCUUCGCGGUCUGGAGCAUGCACUUGAGUUCACGGUGGAGGGAACCUCGCCUGUGGCUUUCGAAGCUACGCCUGGUCAUUUCAACGCGGACCCGGACGCCUUCGCGCUCGGUUUUGGUUUCACGGAAGGCUUCGAUGCAACUGAAAUGGAUCUGGAUGCUUUCGAUUUCUUGAGCAAUGCUACGCUAGGCUGA